CUCGCGGGCGGCGGGUCCGCCUCCGCUGCGCGGAGGGCGUGGGCUCCCGGCUCCCGGAAGCGGUGGCCGCGGCGCGGAGGCCAGUGGCCGUCGGUCUCCGGAGCGGCAAUGUGCGGCUGCCGGAGGCUGUGACCUGAACGCGGCGGCCCGAUCGUGGCCGCUGAAUGGCGGCUCGUUGAGGCGGCGGCUCUGGCUCUGGCUCCUCCGGGCGUGGCGUGGCGGCGGCCGGGGUGAUGCUGCUCAAGCUCCUGCAGAGACAGACCUAUACCUGCCUGUCCCACAGGUAUGGGCUCUACGUCUGUUUCGUGGGCGUCGUUGUCACCAUCGUCUCUGCCUUCCAGUUCGGAGAGGUGGUUCUGGAAUGGAGCCGGGAUCAAUACCAUGUUUUGUUUGAUUCCUACAGAGACAAUAUUGCUGGAAAGUCCUUUCAGAAUCGGCUCUGUCUGCCCAUGCCGAUCGACGUGGUUUACACCUGGGUGAACGGCACAGACCUGGAACUACUGAAGGAACUACAGCAAGUCAGAGAACAGAUGGAAGAGGAGCAGAAAGCAAUGAGAGAAAUCCUUGGGAAGAACACAACGGAGCCUACUAAGAAGAGUGAGAAGCAGUUGGAGUGUUUGCUGACACAUUGCAUUAAGGUGCCAAUGCUUAUCCUGGACCCAGCCCUGCCGGCCAACGUCACACUGAAGGACCUGCCAUCUCUUUAUCCUUCUUUUCAUUCUGCCAGCGACAUAUUCAAUGUUGCAAAACCCAAAAACCCUUCUACUAAUGUUUCAGUUGUUGUUUUCGACAAUACUAAGAAUGUUGAAGGUGCUCACGCUGGAAUGUUGAAGGGAAACAGCAAACAGACAGUUUGGAGGGGCUAUUUGACAACAGAUAAAGAAGUCCCCGGGCUAGUGCUAAUGCAAGAUUUGGCUUUCCUGAGUGGAUUUCCACUGACAUUCAAGGAAACAAAUCAACUAAAAGCAAAAUUGCCAGAAAAUCUUUCUUCUAAAAUAAAACUGUUGCAGCUGUACUCAGAGGCCAGUGUAGCCCUUCUAAAAUUGAAUAACCCCAAAGAUUUCCAAGAACUGAAUAAGCAGACAAAGAAGAACAUGACCAUUGAUGGAAAAGAACUGACCAUAAGUCCUGCGUAUUUAUUAUGGGAUCUGAGUGCCAUCAGCCAGUGUAAGCAGGAUGAAGACGUUUCUGCCAGCCGUUUUGAAGAUAAUGAAGAACUGAGAUACUCGCUGCGAUCUAUCGAGAGGCACGCACCGUGGGUUCGGAAUAUUUUCAUUGUCACCAAUGGGCAGAUUCCAUCGUGGCUGAACCUUGAUAAUCCUCGAGUGACAAUAGUGACACACCAGGAUGUUUUCCGGAAUUUGAGCCACUUGCCCACCUUUAGUUCACCAGCUAUUGAAAGUCACAUCCAUCGCAUCGAGGGGCUGUCUCAGAAGUUUAUUUACCUGAACGACGAUGUCAUGUUUGGGAAGGAUGUCUGGCCGGAUGAUUUUUAUAGUCACUCCAAAGGUCAGAAGGUUUAUUUGACAUGGCCUGUGCCAAACUGUGCUGAGGGCUGCCCGGGUUCCUGGAUUAAAGACGGCUAUUGCGACAAGGCUUGUAAUAAUUCAGCCUGUGAUUGGGACGGUGGUGAUUGCUCUGGUAACAGUGGAGGGAGUCGCUAUGUUGCAGGAGGCGGAGGAACCGGGAGUAUUGGAGUUGGACAGCCCUGGCAGUUUGGAGGAGGAAUGAACAGUGUCUCUUACUGCAAUCAAGGCUGUGCAAAUUCCUGGCUCGCUGAUAAGUUCUGUGACCAAGCCUGCAAUGUCUUGUCCUGUGGGUUUGAUGCUGGCGACUGUGGGCAAGAUCAUUUUCAUGAAUUAUAUAAAGUAACUCUUCUCGCAAACCAGACACACUAUGUUAUUCCAAAAGGUGAGCACCUGCCUUAUUUCAGCUUUGCAGAAAUAGCCAAAAGGGGAAUUGAAGGCGCUUAUAGUGACAACCCAAUAAUUCGACAUGCUUCUAUUGCCAAUAAGUGGAAAACCAUCCACCUCAUAAUGCACAGUGGAAUGAAUGCGACUACAAUACAUUUUAAUCUCACACUUCAAAAUACAAAAGACGAAGAAUUCAAAAUCCAGAUAGCAGUAGAGGUUGACACAAGAGAGGAACCAAAACUGAAUUCUACGACCCAGAGGUCUUACCAAACUUUGGUUAGCCCCAUAACACUUCUUCCAGAUGCGGAAAUCCUAUUUGAGGAUGUUCCCGAAGAGAAACGCUUUCCAAAAUUCAAAAGACAUGAUGUUAAUAUAACAGGGAGAUUCCAAGAGGAGGUGAAAAUUCCCUUGGUAAAUAUUUCACUCCUUCCAAAAGAGGCCCAGUUACGUCUCAGUAACCUGGAUUUGCAAUUGGAACGUGGAGACAUCACUGUGAAAGGAUACAACCUGUCCAAGUCAGUCUUGCUGAAAUCGUUUUUGAUGAACUUACAGGAUGCCAAAGUACAAAUAAACCAAGGUGAAAGAAAUGAUAGUUUGGAGGCCCCACUGGCAAAACAGGUCCACAAAAGCAUGUUGCCAAACAGCUUAGGAGCAUCUGAAAUGUUACAGAGGACAGCUUUUCCAGCAGUGACAAUGAAAGUCACUGGCCACUACCAGCGUCAGAAUCCACCCUUGGACUUGGAAACCAAAGCAAGCUUUAGAUCUGAAACUCAGACCCAAAAAGUAGGUGGCGGAAGUGUGUGGAAAGAAAAGCUCUCAUCUCUGAUGGUUCCACUGGAAAUGCAUGUGCCCAAAGAAAACAAAAUCACAGGGGAAGAAGAAGAGAAAAACAGAAUUAAGGACAAUCCUGAAAAUCACAUAGAUUUUAAUGAAGUAUUACCUGGAAGAAAACUGCAACAUUACACAGACAGUUACCUGGGCUUUUUGCCAUGGGAGAAAAAAAAGUAUUUCCAAGACCUUCUUGAUGAAGAAGAGUCAUUGAAAAUGCAAUUGGCAUACUUUACUGAUAGCACACAUACUGGGAGACAACUGAAAGAUACAUUUGCAGAUUCGCUCCGAUACGUAAAUAAAAUUUUGAAUAGCAAGUUUGGAUUCACAUCUCGGAAAGUCCCUGCACACAUGCCUCACAUGAUCGACCGAAUAGUUAUGCAAGAACUGCAAGACAUGUUCCCUGAAGAAUUUGACAAGACAUCAUUUCACAAAGUGCGCCAUUCUGAGGAUAUGCAGUUUGCCUUCUCUUAUUUUUAUUACCUCAUGAGUGCAGUUCAGCCAUUGAAUAUAUCUCAAGUUUUUGAUGAAGUUGAUACCGACCAAUCUGGUGUCUUAUCUGACAGAGAAAUCCGAACACUGGCUACCAGAAUUCACGACCUGCCUUUAAGUUUGCAGGAUUUAACGGGUCUGGAACACAUGUUAAUAAAUUGCUCGAAAAUGCUUCCUGCUAAUAUCACUCAACUAAGCAACAUCCCCGCAACUCAGGAAGCAUACUAUGACCCCAAUCUGCCACCAGUCACUAAAAGUCUAGUAACCAACUGUAAACCGGUAACUGAUAAAAUCCACAAAGCAUAUAAGGACAAAAACAAAUAUAGGUUUGAAAUCAUGGGAGAAGAAGAAAUUGCUUUUAAAAUGAUUCGUACCAAUGUUUCUCAUGUGGUUGGCCAGUUGGAUGAUAUAAGAAAAAACCCCAGGAAGUUUGUUUGCCUGAAUGACAAUAUUGACCACAAUCAUAAAGAUGCCCAGACAGUGAAGGCUGUUCUUAGGGACUUCUAUGAAUCCAUGUUCCCUAUACCAUCCCAGUUUGAGCUGCCAAGAGAGUAUAGAAACCGUUUCCUUCAUAUGCAUGAGCUGCAGGAAUGGAGAGCAUAUAGAGACAAAUUGAAGUUUUGGACUCAUUGUGUACUAGCAACAUUGAUUAUGUUUACUAUAUUCUCAUUUUUUGCUGAACAAUUAAUUGCACUUAAGCGGAAGAUAUUUCCCAGAAGGAGGAUACAGAAAGAAGCAAGUCCUGAUCGAAUAAGGGUAUAGGAGAUCUUCAUUUGAAAAUCAUCUACCUCAGCAUUCACUGAGCAUUUUAAAGCUUGACAUCACAGAGUUGUCUUUCUGAUGUGAUGUUUAGCCAGCUUGUCCUGAAGAAGGAAAAACAUCCAGUAUAAUACUUGUUCUGUGGCGUGAAUAUAGCCUACUGACCAGGAAUUGUUUAACCAACACACUGAAAACUUGUGUGUUGCGAAGCUCUGAACUGGUUUUACUUUUAAAGCAUUUGCUUGUGGACCUGUCGUUCUUUUAAUGAAAAGGCUCACUGACGAGACUGCUGCUAAGUUCCCAUGGCAACCAUUGCCAACUAACUUCAACAUGAGCAGCGUAGGCAGCCAUUGCUAAGAGACCCCAGUUUGCAAUCCAAACCCUUUUGCUGUGGUUUUACAUUUUUGGUCUUUUGUUUUUCUUUUUUCCAUUUCCCAUUUUUAAAAUAAGUAGCUACUAAGUUAAUGAGUUGUUAUUCUGAAAAUAACAAAUUGGGAUGUCUAAACUUGUUUUUAUAGAUUUAAAUAAUGUAGCAAUAUCACCUCCUAUUGGCAGUAUCUAAAUUAUGGGUUUUAUAAACAUUUAAGACUGUAAAUGGUCUUAAGUGACUUAAAUUACUGACAAACUUAAUGACUGACAUUUGAAAUAUUUUGUCCUUUUUCACCUCGGCCCCUAAAUAUACUGUGAUUUCAUGUGGAGGCCUAAUUACAAAGGGCUAGAGUUAAGUAGCAGAGCUACUUUCCAGAUGUAAUUAUGUUUGGGAAAUAUACAUAUUCUAACAGAAGUGCCUCAUUUUAGAAAUGAGUACUGCUGAUGGUAUUAGCCCAUUACAGUGUUGUCUUUUUUAAUAUUCAUCGGUAUAUUCCAAUUGGUUGUAUAUAGUGCAGGGGUCAGCUAACCUGUUCUGUAAAAAGUCACAUAGUAAAUAUUGGCAGGUCACAUGUGUCUGUUGCAUUUUCUUCCUUGUUGUUUAAUUUAAAAAAAUUGUUUUUAACCUUUGAAGACGUCAAGACCAUGUUUAGCUUCCAGGCCAUUGUUUGCUGACUAUUGGGAUAGAGAAGUAGUGUUUUUAUGUAUGGGUAAUUCCUGAUGUGCAGCCAUAUUUUAUUUAUAUAAUCAUUAUACAGUGGAUUUCCAGAGACCAUAUUCUAUGAGUCCUUUUUGAACUCUGACAGGUUUUAGAUCAUGAUCUGAACAGUAUUCUUUCAACAUGGUACACAUAUUUUGUAAAAAGAACUUGUAAUGUAAAUACUGUGUUUGUGCUAUAAGAGUUAUGUAUUUCAAACACUGAAGUCUCAUAACAACUUACAUUUUGUCUGAUGCUUUGAUUUUUAAAUCUCUGAGGAGUGAGUUUAUUGUUAUCCAGAGUCAAUAAUC